UUCGAUAUUCAACAUCCGUUGUGAGUCUGGGUGAUAUAAGACAUCGAAAAAAUGGAUACAAAGAGCCUGACUCACCAUCAAUACAUGACCUACUGGAUGAUGAUUUGCUAAUGUACGGCACAAAAGAGAAUGGUGUGAAAAGCAUACCCAAAUUUCUUACACGGAUAUCUACUAGCGAUAUGUGUAGCUUUCUCGGGCUCAUUGUCGUUUCUAUCAUUGUAAGAUUGUAUCGUCUGGACCAUCCAAGUUCGGCUGUAUUUGAUGAGAAGCAUUUUAUGACUCUCGCUUCGAAAUAUAUCAGGGGAACCUUCUUUAUUGAUGUGCACCCACCAUUGGCAAAGUUGCUCAUCGCUCUUUCGGGUUUCUUGAGUGGAUACGAUGGAAUCCUUAAUUUGGAUGAAAAGGAAUUUUCUGGAUCUAAUUAUCCAUAUGUGACAAUGCGUCUGAUAUCAGGAAUUUUGGGGGUUUUUAUAAUACCGAUCUCUUAUUUGACAAUUAAAUUAUCUGGAUUUUCGACAACUGCUGCAUUUCUCGUUUCUGCUUUAUUAAUAUUUGAGAACGGAUUAGUAACUCAAAGCAGACUUAUUUUAUUGGAUUCACCGUUGAUAGCUUCCACAGCAUUUACAAUGUUGAUGUGGGUAAAAUUUCAUAAUGAACAAAAAAGACCAUUUAGAACUUGGUGGUGGGUUUGGUUGACAAUGACUGGUGUGGGCCUUGGCCUUACGGUCAGCAUCAAAUGGGUUGGUUUUUUUACAACUGUUUUUAUUGGUCUUUUGACAAUAAAGGAUCUAUGGGAUUUGUUGGGUGAUUUACAUUUGCCUCCAAUAAGAUGGGCAAACCAUUUUCUUGCUCGAAUGCUGUGUUUAUUGGCUAUUCCCGUCAUUUUGUAUACGCUUGUCUUUGCGAUUCACUUCUCAAUACUUGAAAACAGUAGUGAAGAUGCUAUAUCCAUGAGUCCUGAAUUCAGACAUACAUUAAAUGGACAUGGCAUGAAUGAUACGCCUAUAGAUGUUGGGUACGGGUCUACAAUCACUCUUCGACAUUCCAAUACACGAUAUGGUUAUUUACAUUCCCAUAGGCAUUAUUAUCCCUCAGGUAGCAGACAACAACAGGUUACUUCAUAUCCGUUUAAAGAUGAAAAUAAUUUAUGGAUCAUCCAAAAAGAAAGUGAUCCUAAAAUGCCGUUCGAAACCAAUCCAUCCUGGAUUUAUCAUAAUGCAUUAAUUCGUCUCUCUCACGUUUAUACUGAAGGGUGGCUACAUAGUCAUGACACCAGACCACUAGUGACAGAUUCUGAACAUCAAAACGAAGUUAGUGUUUAUGGAAGUAAAGGUCAUUCAGAUAAUAACGAUUUAUGGCGUGUAGAAAUAGUAGAUCAUGACAAAUCUGAUCCAGAUUCUAGUAAACGCUUACGUGCAAUCCACACGAAAUUCCGACUUUUUCACAUUAAUACCGGGUGUUAUCUUUUCACUCAUAGUACUAAAUUACCAGAAUGGGGUUUUAGGCAACAUGAAGUUACCUGUGGAAAAGGCGCAACAUAUACAAACACAAUAUGGUAUAUAGAAACAAAUUCUCACCCAAAUUUAUCAAGCGACACCAAAAUGGUCAAUUAUAAAAAACUCGGAUUCUUUGGGAAAUUUAUUGAGCUUCAUAAAGUGAUGUGGACAAAUUUUAAAUCUAAUAUUCUUCACCCUUAUCUGUCCCAUCCUUCGUCUUGGAUAUUGUUGAAGCGCGGUAUCGGUUUUUGGAAUAAAGAACAUAAUCAAAUUUAUUUAAUUGGAAACCCGCUUAUAUGGUGGACUUCUACGCUUAUCGUGUUUAUUUUUGUUGUUGAGAAAUUGAUUGCAAUUUUAAGAGUAAAAAGAGGAUAUAUUGAUCGAUUUAAUGUUAAAGGAGAGCAUUUUGAAUUAUGGUCCAAUGUGUUUCUCAUGGGAUGGUGUUUACAUUAUUUACCAUUUUACUUAAUGUCUAAAGAAUUAUUUUUACAAUAUUAUUUUCCUUCAUUAUAUUUUGCGAUCCUUUUAAUUGGUGUAGGAUUUGAUUUAAUAACAGAUCGGUUUAAUCCUAAAAAUCGAACAAUCAUUGUUACAAUAUUUUUGAUAGCAAGCAUUUAUAUUUUUAUUUUAUUUUCACCAAUAGCUUACGGUAACACAUGGGAAAAAUCUAGUUGUGAAAAUUCAAAAUGGUUAAGCAGUUGGGAUUAUGAUUGUGACCUUUACGUUGGUAGCCAUUUGACCAGGAACACUAAUACCACUGGUAUUGAAAUUACAAACCCAGAAUUUUCAGAUAUUAGGGAAUUUGAUAAACGGGCAGUUGAAGCUGAGGAUGAAGAUAAUGAAAAAGAGGAGCAAUGCCAACAAGAAGUACAAGGUUUAGAGGCGAACGUUGAGACAAAUAAAGAACAACGAUGUUUUCCCAGAAUGGGACAUCCAAGGAAUUUUAAGGCAUUUUUAAGUGCAACGAUAUAG